GAUCGAGAUGGUGGGAGCGCUGCAGCGGCCGGUCAGCUGUAGUACGUUGCGCCGACGCACGGCAUGGCUGCAGUUGAGGAAUGAGGAAUGAGAAUUUAGUCGCCGACGGGAGUUCGUGAGUGACGGUUGUUUACGAAACAGCUCGCCCUUGUAUUUUGCGGUGAACGUUAUGAAAGCGUUGUGACAAUGGAUCAAUCCAAGGAAAAGCUCAAACCAAAUCCCAGAGCGACGGCAAGCUGGAUAUCUAAGUUAUCGUUUUGGUGGUUGAUGCCACUGCUGAAGAAGGGCAGCACUGCUGACCUCACCAUCGACGACUUGUACGAAGUGGAGCGCUGCGAUGCUUCCAAGACGCUCUGCGACACCAUGGAGAGAUAUUGGUUGGAGGAGCGGGCGCUCGCCGCUGCGAGGCGCGGCAAAGCGAGCUACGCGCGGGCGCUGCUGCGCUGCUUUGGCCUCCGCUACUUCGCCGUGGGCCUCCUCGCCGCCAUCGAGGAGUGCGUCCUCAGGUUAGUUCAGCCCCUUGUUUUGGGUUGGCUCAUCCGACAUUUCGAGGGCUUGGCUUCACCCAUGGGCAGCCCCAUGUUAUCGGGUGCUGCCAUCGUGGCCGUGGCCCUCAUCCACAUCGUCGUCUACCAUCCCUUCAACUUUCUUUGCCGCCAACUCAGUCUGGAGGCGCGGGUGGCCUCAAGCGCUCUAGUGUACAGGAAGUCGUUGCGACUGAGUAAGUCGGCGCUAGCCGGCACCACCGUCGGGCAGAUGGUGAACCUGCUCUCUAACGACGUCAACAGGUUCGACUCUUCCGUCAUAUUCCUCAACUACCUCUGGAUCGGACCCUUACAG